UGGCGGCGAGUGGCCUGCGAGCAGCACACGAGUGGCAGUCACGGUCCCGUGCCUCUCGCGUCCGCAAGUCGAGCUCGGCACCCAAGUAACACGAGUAGGCCAUGCGCCAGCGCAGCAGAGGUGCGCACGGGAGCUGAAGGUCGCGAGCGCUGCUCCAGCCGAGCGCUGGUGUCGACGAGCUGCGCUGCCGGCUGCCUCGCUGCUACGCGUGCGGAUGGACAGGUGGCGGAGCGGGGCCGUGCCGCCGCCGCCCGAUCCGCGCGGCUGCAGUGGGUUCGUGGAGGCAGGCGGCGCACGGAGGCUCGGCGCCGUCGCGGGCACGCAGGAUCCGCCGUCCUCCCCGUCCUCGUCGUCGUCCUCGUCGUCCUCGGCGGAGGACCCGUCUGCCGACAGGCUCGGACGCCAGCCCAGAGGGGAGCCCGAGUGGACGGGCCGCCCGCCGGGCGCGGGCUGGCAGCCGCUGGCCGCGCGGCUGGCGCGCGGCAGCGACGGACCGCUGGACGGACCGCGGCGGGCGGCGGUGACGACGCGCCGGGACCAGGUGAAGGCGCGCGUGGAGGCGCGUAGGGUGGAGCAGCUGCGCGGCGACAGCAGCCUCGACGAGGGCGCCGACGGCCGCGAGCCCGGGCGCAGCGCGGCGCCGGCCAGCAAGCGCUCACGGGCCUCCAGGACCGAGAGGUACCUCAAGCGCGUGAGCAGUGGCGGCAGGGCCCCAGGCGCGCUCGCUCAGCAGGCGCCGCGGCGUUUUCCCGAGUUGGAGAGCACCGGCUCGGGCCGCCGUCCGCCCACGCCGCCGACGCCGCCGACGCCGCCGACGCCGCCCUCGGGUCCAUCCGACGCGGCGGAGCCAACGUGGACGCACCGGAUGCGCAGCUCGCGGAAUCUGGAGGAAGCGCUGUGCGAGCUCGAGGCCAUCUACGACAGUCUGCAGCUGGGCGACGAGGACCUGCUCGACCGGGCCGAGCGCAGAACCGCGGAGGAGCUUCUCUACAAGGGCUUGGCCUGCGGUCCGGACGCCUGCGACAGCAGGAGCCUGACCCGCGCGGACCAGAUCCCGGACGAGCCCGACAGACUGAAAGACGACAUGGCCUACAGGCGAAUGCAUCCCAAGGAGAGGCCGAGCCCCGCGGACGCCCAGUCGCUGACCGGCAUUAGCUACCUGAUCGCCUCGCCGAUGCCCUGCCGCAGUCGCGUGCCCUGUGCUGGGCCGGCCCCGGGCGGGGCUCGCAGGAGAGAACCCGACGUCACGUUGGACGACGUCGUAUUCCGCAGCAUGCACCACGCCAACAGUACGCCCAAGGUGCUCGAGCCGCAACCGCCCUUCGGCAUACCUCUGGGUCCCAUCACCGCGGCCGCCGACUCCGACUACCUGCACACCCGCCCGAGUGACUCGGAGCGUGCGCGCUGCCCGCGCGCGACACGCCGGCAACCGGACCUCGUCACCGACGACUUGGCCUACCGCAGCCUGCGCAAGGACGCCUUGCCGAGCAGCCGCCGGUCCAGUCCGCGCCCUCCGCUCCGGCGCCGGCCCCGCCCGCCGCCGCGCGAGGCACGGGCCCACGAGCGCCGCGUCUCGUCCACGGAGCCCGCCGGCCGGCGGCGCCCCCCGGACGCGGGCUCGAGCCACAGCUGGUCGUCCGACGAUUCCUCGCACGACAGCCCGCGGCCCGUCCGCCUGGGCAGCCUGCCCAGGGCGAGCUUCAGCGAGCUGCUCCGGGAGCUCGAGCCCGCCGAGGGCGACUCGGCUGCCGGCAGCGGCUCCUCCGGCCGCAGCGCUCCUGCGCCCCGGCCGCCACCUCGCAGCCACGAGCCGUUCAGCGAGCGCGAGCUCUCGACGGUCUACGAGCAGCUGUGCCGGGACCUCGAGGCCCUCGUCGAGCUGACGCAGAGCGGCGUCGCGCGCGCCGACCCAGCCUCCGCGGGGGUCGGCCCAGAGGACUCGGCCGCGGGUAGCCCGAGGCGGGACUCGCGGCCAGUCGACGGGGACAGCUUGCGGACGGAGGCCGCCGAGCAGCGCCCGAGCGAGGAUGACUCAGGGGACGGUGGCCCGCCCGCGAGGAGCGCCGAGUGGCCGGGCAGCGAGCCGAGCAGCGCCGUGGCUGGUCGGCGCACGAGCCUCGCGAGCGACGACAGCAGGCACUGGGCAGGUCUGAACAAGUGCAACCACAAAUACAACAGCAUGCCGGCCAAGACAUCGUCGCUUCUUAUGUUCCGUCAGUAUGGCUCCAAACGGAAAUCCAACAAGCGAAAAUCAAUCUGCAGCCUUUCCUAAUCGUCCACAGCCAUGAUAAUGAUCUCGCAGUAUCCAAUGUUUUGAUUGUAUUAUGUCUUGUACUAUCGCAAUUAGCUUAGCUAGAACGUGUCAAAGACCGGUGGCAAG